AUUCCAUCUUUAAGCAGCAGUGUCACUGGAAAAAGAUAGUAAUUAAAGGCUUUGAAGCUGUGCUGCCUUACAAUGAAGACUUAAGUAGUAAUUAAAUUCUCGAAGAACCGCCAAGACUCCUUUGGCUGAAAUGGGGAUGUUCCGGGCCCUGGAUGCUGCGUCGCGGAGGAAAGGAUGUUUAAACAUGACUCCGUCAAAGCAGCGAAGACUUCUGUAAGACAUGGAUAGAUGCAAACAUGUUGGGCGGCUACGACUCGCCCAGGACCACUCUAUCCUGAACCCCCAGAAGUGGCACUGCGUGGACUGCCAGACAACUGAAUCUAUCUGGGCUUGUCUGAAGUGCUCCCACGUAGCCUGUGGGAGGUACAUCGAGGAGCAUGCACUUAAACACUUUGAAGAAACCAGGCAUCCAUUGGCAAUGGAAGUUAAUGAUCUGUAUGUCUUUUGUUACCUUUGUGAAGAUUACGUCUUGAAUGAUAACCCGGAGGGUGAUUUGAAAUUGCUGAGAAGUUCUCUGUCAGCAAUUAAAAGUCAAAAACAUGAUCCGUCAACAAGAAGUGGCAGGACAUUGCGAUCGAUGGCUUUGGGAGAGGACAUGUGCAGCCAUCAAAGGAGCCCUCAGGGACAAUCUCAGAUGCUUACAGCUCUCUGGCACAGGCGCCAGUCCUUGCUUGCGAAGGCGCUGCGGACCUGGUUUGAUAAGAGCUCUAGAGGCCAGCUAAAGUUAAAACAAAAGAAACAAAUGGAGGAGUUGGAGAAAAAGAAGGAGGCAGCUAGGCAGCGGCGGCAGGAGAUGAAGAGACAGCUCCUGGAGGAGCUGGCAAAUACUCCUCCGAGGAAGAGUGCAAGGCUGUUGUCUCACGUGCACAGAGAGAACUUGAUUCCAAGGAAAUUCAGGGAGGUGGCGACCGCUUCCCCUACCUCAAGGCAGAUGCAGAGCAGCAGAUUCAAACAGUUUUAUUCCAUCCGGCGUAAGCCUCUGAUGACUCCCGGGGUAACGGGUCUAAGGAACCUGGGAAACACAUGUUAUAUGAAUUCUAUUCUGCAAGUGCUAAGUCACCUCCAGAAAUUUAGAGAAUGUUUUUUGACACUUGAUCUCUGUGAAACAGAAGAACUCUUAGCCAAAACUGUGAAUGGGAAGUCUAGGAUGCCUGGCAAAUUGGCAAAUGGGUCUGCUGCUAAUGAGUCAGGGAAGACUGACAAAGUGGGAUCAUAUGGCACGCAGAGCUUGCCAGCUGGCUUAAAUGGUGGCUCCUCAAUAAGCAGGAGUUUAGAACUAAUACAACCCAAGGAACCAAGUUCAAAGCACAUCUCCCUCUGUCACGAAUUGCACACCCUCUUCAGAGUGAUGUGGUCUGGCAAGUGGGCUCUCGUGUCGCCCUUUGCCAUGCUGCACUCUGUGUGGAGUCUCAUCCCGGCGUUUCGAGGUUAUGAUCAGCAGGACGCUCAGGAAUUUCUCUGCGAGUUGCUGGAUAAAGUACAGCAGGAGCUGGAGUCGGAAGGAACGAAGCGCAGGAUCCUUAUCCCUUUCUCACAGAGGAAGCUCACCAAGCAGGUCCUGAAGGUGGUGAACACCAUUUUUCACGGGCAGUUGCUUAGUCAGGUCACCUGCAUAACAUGCAACUACAAAUCCAACACCGUUGAGCCCUUUUGGGAUCUUUCCCUGGAAUUCCCCGAGCGCUAUCAUUCUAUCGAGAAAGGGAUCGUCCCUGUUAAUCAGACAGAGUGCAUGCUGACAGAAAUGUUGGCCAAGUUCACCGAGACCGAAGCUCUGGAAGGGAGGAUAUAUGCGUGCGACCAAUGCAACAGCAAACGGCGGAAGUCUUCUCCUAAACCCCUUGUUCUGAGUGAAGCUAAAAAGCAGUUAAUGAUCUACAGACUACCUCAGGUCCUCCGACUGCACCUUAAACGAUUCAGGUGGUCUGAACGUAAUCACCGUGAGAAGAUUGGGGUCCAUGUCCUCUUUGACCAGGUAUUAAACAUGGAACCUUACUGCUGCAGGGACUCUCUCUCCUCUCUUGACAAAGAGACCUUUGUCUAUGACCUCUCCGCUGUGGUGAUGCAUCACGGGAAAGGGUUUGGCUCAGGACACUACACAGCAUAUUGCUACAACACAGAGGGAGGUUUUUGGGUCCACUGCAAUGACUCCAAACUGAAUGUAUGUAGCGUGGAGGAGGUGUGCAAAACCCAGGCCUACAUUCUUUUUUACACUCAAAGAACAGUGCAGGACAAAGCAAGAAUCUCAGAAAAACAACUCCAAGCUCAGGUGCCGUCCAAAAAUAGUGAUAAGGACAGAAGACUGACAUUCCCAUGAUGGGGAGCUCUGUAACUCAAUCGACGGUC